AUGACUAUCAUUGCAGUUGCUGGUGGCAGAGGACCAGUUGGGCGAACCAUCGUCGACGGUCUGGUUCAACACGGCGGACACAAAGUGUUUGUGCUUUCAAGAGCGACUCGUCCGCCCCAAGAUGGAGUCGAAUACCUCGCGGUCAAUUACCCGGACAUUGAGGGAACCGCCAAGAUUUUGGAGACCAACAAAAUCGACGCAGUCAUUAGCGCUAUGGGUGUAGUCACAGCAGAGAUCAGCGUAUCCCAGGUUCAGCUGGUUAAAGCCGCUGACAGAUCAAGCACGACCAAGCGGUUCGUAGUCAGUGCUUAUGACAUGCUGCACAAGCGAGAGCAUAUUGAGAACAGCCCUCUUGCCAAGUUCGUCUUUGAGGCAAUUGAUGAGCUGGAUCGCACCAAUCUGGAGUACACUCGGGUAGUCAACGGCUUCUUCUUGGACUACUUCGGCAUGCCGCACUGGAAGACGUACAUGCACCCUUGGGUCAACAUGGUGAAUGUGGAGAAGAAGUGGGCUGUCAUUCCCGGAGACGGCUCGGCAAAGGUCAACUUCAUCGCCUCGCAGGACAUGGCCAAGUUCAUCGCUCGCCUGAUGGACCUUGACAAGUGGGAUAAAAUCAGCAGCAUCAUCGCGGAGACGCGGUUGAUAUCCGAGAUUCUUGAGAUUUCCGAGAAAGCGCGAGGGGCGAAAUUUCGUGUCGCUUAUGAUGAGCUUGAGAAAUUGAAGUCGGGCAAAAUCUCGUUCAUUUCAGACUUCCCGGACAUAGGCCUGGGCGAAGAGGAGUCGGAAAAGUUGUUCGCAAUUUUACACUACCAUGCGGGGACUGAGCAAUUUCUCGUACCGAAGGAAAACAACAUCAAGCCCAAGUUUCCGGACAUCGUUACCAAGACGGCAGAGGAAGUCAUUGAGGGAUCAUGGAAGGGCAAAUGA